AUCGGACUUGGCCACAGCAGAUCGGACAAUCUCAAAAUCCUCUUUUCCUCCUCUCUUCUUUACUUCUCCGACAGAUUCAAUGAAGCUGUAAGGAAACCCUAGAGAUUAAAAAAAAAAAAUCAAAUUUAUUUUCUUAGGAGCUGGAGACCUGAGUUUUGGUCUCUGUCUGAUCUGUCUGAGAAAAAAGAAAAGACGUGUCUUUUCAUCGUUGUCUCAAAAUCCUAGCUGGACUUCCACAUCGAUUCGUGCUUCCUUCUUCGUAGAUCAUAGACAAUGGGAACGAGCGAGGAAAAGACCCCAUUUAAGCCUUCCAAGCCAGCAUCCUCGGCACAGGACACUCCUCCCACACCUUAUGCAGACUGGUCAAACUCAAUGCAGGCUUAUUAUGGAGGAGGAGGUACUCCAAGUCCUUUUUUCCCAUCCCCAGUUGGAUCUCCUAGUCCUCACCCUUAUAUGUGGGGUGCUCAACACCAUAUGAUGCCGCCUUAUGGGACCCCAGUUCCGUAUCCAGCAAUGUAUCCCCCAGGGACUGUCUAUGCCCAUCCUGGCAUGCCCAUGCCUCAGGCUUCUGGUCCAACCAACACGGAGACCGCGAAAGCUCAAGCCCCUGGCAAGAAGCCAAAGGGGAACUCGAAAAGAAAGAGUGGAGGAGGUGAGAAGGUGCUGUCAGGUUCAGGAAACGAUGCUGUAUCUCAAAGUGAAGAAAGUGUCACAGCUGGUUCAUCUGAUGAAAACGAUGACAAUGCCAAUCACCAGGAACAAGGUUCACUUAGAAAGCCAAGCUUUGGACAGAUGCUGGCUGAUGCAAGUUCUCAAAGUAAUACUACUGGUGAGAUCCAAGGUUCCAUGCCCAUGAAGCCAGUGGCGCCAGGGACUAAUCUGAAUAUGGGGAUGGAGUUAUGGUCUUCUCAGACUGGUGUAGCUGUGAAGGAUGAAAGAGAGCUCAAGAGGCAGAAAAGGAAACAAUCUAACCGUGAAUCCGCUAGGCGGUCCAGAUUGCGGAAGCAGGCGGAAUGCGAGCAGCUUCAGCAGAGAGUAGAGAGUUUGACGAGUGAGAAUCAAAGUCUGAGAGAUGAGUUACAGAGACUCUCCGGAGAAUGUGAGAAGCUCAAGACGGAGAACAACACUAUUCAGGAUGAGUUGGUAAGAGUUCAUGGACCAGAGGCAGUAGCUAAUCUAGAACAGAAUGCUGAUGGAUCUAAAGAUGGUGAAUGAACACAUUGACGCUUAGGGAAACUUGGAGGGAGCUUUAUAACGUAUUAUUGAGAUUUUUAAACAAAGGAUAAAAACUUGUUUGAGAUUUAAGUGACCGUAUACAAUCGUUUUGACAUUUUUAAUGAUGUAAUAGUGAUUUGCCUUAAGGUUGUAACAAGCUGCAAAGCUAUGACGACUACUCUUGUUUGUUUUUAUUACUCUUCAUGAUCGGAUUCAGACUCUGAAUC